UCCUCUUAUUUGCAUGCCAAGUAUCCGAUGUUCAGGGGAUUUAUUUUUAGGAGUAGAAUCAUAUUAAGCAACAGGCAUUUGCAUUGUAAACCAGCAAGUCCAGUAAGGAGGAAGGCAGGCAAUGGCACUUCCUGGUGCUGCCUCAUUAGAAUAGAAUGGCCCGCCUUGAAAGCAAGGCUGGGUUUCCAACAGGCAGAACCAGAUUCCCCAAGCGUAAAGUAAGCAAUUUGCUCUGUUGUACAACGUAACUAGUGAAGGCUCUCAUACUCCACAGCUUUCUAAGAUGCACUUUCCCAAUGAUCAUUAAGGUCUAGGAGGAUUAAGUAAGCAGAAACUGUUUUAAUGGAAAUCACACUCCUGCUCUGUUAUUUACCCUCACAAGGAUAUUGCAAAGCAUCUUGAAGCACCAGAUCCUAAAGAGGCUUCCGGCAACUCAGGAUUUUAAAAAAAGGUUUACACAACUGUCUGGUUUUAAAAAGAACAGAACUGCAGAAAACUCUACAGAAGAUGAAAGACCGCCUUCAAGAGCUUAAAUUGCGAGCAAAGGAACUGCAAUUAAUAGAAGAAAACAGUCGUUCUCCUAGUGUUGUGGCAGAGGAAAAAGAACUUGAACAAACAGCUGUCAUUUUUGAAAAGGAGCCCAUAACUGAAAGGUACCUGAAUGAAAUCCAGCAACUUCACAAUGAUAUUAACAAUUUGGCAGCAGACGUCCAAAAGUUCAGCCAGCAGCAAAAAAGCCUAGUGGCUUCCAUGAGGAGAUUCAGCGUACUUAAAAAGGAGUGCAGCAUCACAAAAGGGAUAAAGGUUCAAGCAGAACACAUUAGCAAGUGCUUGGACGACUUGUCAAAAACACUGAAGAAAGCAGAGAAAGAACAUGGUUCAUCAUCUGCCAUUAUAAGGGUUCUGAGUGCUCAGCGGGCGGUCCUGUUCCGUCGCUUCCAAAAUAUCAUGUUUCUGUACAACGCCGCCAUAACAGCCAAGCAAGAAAAAUGCAAAGCUUUUAUUGUGCGCCAGCUUGAAGUGGCUGGAAAAGAAGUCUCCGAGGAAGAAGUGAACGACAUGGUUCAGCAAGGAAAAUGGGAAAUCUUCAACGAAAACUUGCUCACCGAGGUCAAUAUCACAAAAGCUCAGCUAUCUGAGAUUGAACAGAGACACAAAGAACUGGUCAAUCUGGAGAACCAGGUGAGAGACUUGAAGGGCCUCUUUGUCCAAAUCUCACUUUUGGUGGAAGAACAAGGUGAAAUGAUCGACAGCAUCGAAAUGGAAGUUGUCAAAACUCAGGACUAUGUUCAGACGACAACAGAGAAAUUCAGGCUGGCGGCAAGGUAUCGAAAGAAGCAUCCGUGCAGAGCAAUAUGCUGCUGGUGCUGCCCCUGCUGUUAAUAGGUUUUUUUUGUGUGUGUGUUUUUUUGGGGGGGAUACAGGCAGUUAAAUGUUCUUUGCAAUAGCCCUAAUCCAGUAUGUAAUGAACAUAGGUGACCCUGCUGGGGGCGGGGGUUUGCACUAUCAGGCAAAGCCACAGUUUGAUUCAACAUUCUCUUUUUCACAUGCCCUGAAUGCUGCAAAUUUGGCAGGGGAUCUAAGGAACAAAAGGGGUGACUUUCAAGGGAACAGGCAGACUUUCUGACCCUCAUCCCCUGCCAUUGCUUAUUAAGAUCUAGUGGUGGACUUUGAUAUAAUAGUGAAGAGUUUCUCAAAAAAGGGAACAAGGUAGUGCUGGGUGUAGCAGGAUGGAGUUCUGUUACCAGUCACAGGUCACAGGAACUAGUCAAACAGGUGCUUGUGACAACAGGUGCAACCAGGUGCCACACAGCACUCGCCUCCACAUUCGAUUCACUUCCUUGGGAAGUGACUGUAUGCUCCUAGCAAUUUUAUUCAGCAGUUUAGAUGAAGGAAAACUGCAAGCCCAGUGUAAUAAAUGCUAGGACAAUGUCAUCCAGAACGUGCUCAGCAAAUCUGCAGCGAGUUCACAUUCCUCUGUUGUCUGGCUUUUCUAAGAACAAAGAGUUUGAAAUAAUUUGUUACUGUGGUAUUUCACAAAAUACUAGUUGAAGAACAGGGAAAUAGAUUGUUCAGCUAAAAGAGCUGCACUGAAACAGGUUAAAGGGGGGAAAGGUUGUUACAAAAACAUAUGUGUAAAAUCUUUAAGAAUGCAGUAAAGGAUAUAGCUAUUUUUUGUAUGUUACACGUUUUCUUCCAUGUCAUUUGUAUAAACAUAACAGUUCUAUGAUAUUUUGGGAGAUGUGCAUCUGUAACCAAGGUCUUGGUUUAUACUUUCAAAACAUAAUAAGUUUCUUCAAUAUAUAUGUUUAAAAAAAACAAAAAUUGGUGCAAAUG